AAAUAGCUCAGUCAACGCACGAUCCGCGUCGCGCAACUAUCGACAUUAUAAGUCUUAUAAACAAUAUUGUAUUUUGAAAUAUAUAGUGAUUACUUUAAAUUGUAAUAAGUAUGUGACGGUUCUAAUGUGUAUAGCUCAUUAGUUCGAAUGGCGUUAAACUAGACAGUGUUUUACAAUCGUUAAGAUGUUGAAAAACCUAGAGGCAGUCCACAGAGCUAUAAAACUAUUAGAAGUGACAUCAAAAUGUACAACUAUAAGUGCUAGAAGACUGAAUGCAUGGGCAAAAGAUGGAACAAUAAAAUCGCCGUUUAAGAGUAUUGAAGUACCAAACUGCACUCUGUAUGAAUAUAUAUGGCAGAAUCUGGAGAGAUGGCCCGAACGUACUGUAACGGUUUGUGCAACAACAGGCCGUGGAUACACCUAUGAGCAAGCAUUCAAACUAUCAAACACAUUCGCCGCUAAUCUUAGAAAGAAGUUUAGGUUACGCGACGGAGAUACGGUAGCGGUUAUGUUGCCCAAUAUUCCCGACUUUCCUUUAGUAGCAUUGGGUAUAUUAGAAGCUGGGGGUAUUAUAAGUACAAUAAAUCCCAUAUACACCCCACACGAAAUACAACGUCAACUGCUACUAAGUGAAGCAAAGGCAGUUGUUACUAUUUCCGAAACAGUGGCCACUGUUAGAGAAGCUAUACAAUUGGCAAAAUUAAACAUUCCUAUAAUAGCUGUGAAGAGUAACGGAGAAUCUGUACCACAAGGUAUAGUUUCGUUCCAUGAAUUGACUGAAGAUGUACAUAUAGAUAAGUCUUGUCUGAAAGAAGUGAGACGAAGUAUUGAUGACAUAUGUUUCCUACCAUAUUCAAGUGGAACUACAGGACUACCUAAAGGUGUACAGCUCUCCAGUAGGAACUUAAUAGCGAAUUGCGAGCAGCUAAAUGAACCAUUUAUAAGAUGUCAUAAUGAUACUACUGCCACACAUCAAGACGCUAUUAUGACAGUGCUUCCUUUAUUCCACAUUUAUGGUGCCUCAGUGUUGAUGUUUCACAAAAUGACACAAGGCAUUAAAUUAGUGACGAUGGCAAAGUUUCAACCGGAAACGUUCUUAAAUGCGCUACAGAAAUACAAGACAAAUAUUAUAUUUGUUGCACCGCCUUUGGUGAUAAUGAUGGCGACCCAUCCUGCUGGUUUGCCGGAGAAGUUCCAAUACUUAGAAACAAUUGUGAACGGCGCCGCACCGCUGGCAGAAACCGAUGCGGAAAGAUUCAUCAGUAAAUCAAAGCGUAAACUUGAUUUCCGGCAAGGCUAUGGGUUAACAGAAACCUCUCCAGUUGUUACACUCACUCCUCGAGGAUUAGAUAACUAUGGAUGCGUUGGAUACCCUAUACCAAAUACGGAUCUGAAGAUUGUUAACAGCGAAAUGAAGAUUUUGGGUCCAAAUGAGAAAGGCGAGCUGCUAGUAAAAGGCCCUCAAGUGAUGAGAGGCUACAAAGACAAUGCUGCUGCAGACAAAGAGACAUUUACAGAAGACGGCUGGUUCAGGACAGGAGAUCUGGCGAUAGCAGACCACACGGGCAAUGUCUCCAUAGCUGAUAGACUGAAGGAGUUGAUCAAGGUAAAGGGCUUCCAAGUGCCUCCAGCGGAAUUGGAAGCAGUUCUUCGUGAACAUCCUGACGUCAACGAGGCUGCAGUCGUCGGUGUGCCUCAUCCAACUAAGGGCGAAUCUCCUAAAGCGUUCAUCGUUCUAAAAUCAAACACCAAUACUAGUGCUAAAGAAAUCAGUCAGUUUGUCGAUAAGAAAGUAGCUUCAUAUAAGAGAAUUGAAGAUAUAACAUUCAUAGAUAGUAUACCAAAAAGUUCGGCUGGGAAAAUUUUAAGACGAGAAUUAAAAGAGAAAUUCUGCUAAAUCUUUUAAUAGACAUGUCAUUAGAUAUUUAAAAUUAUACUAAAGGCGCACACUUUUAACUAAACUAUUGUCCGAUUGUCGAUUGUUUCGCAAUUCAACUGUUUAGUUGCACAACUAAAAAUCGAGUAGUUUGUGCACAUAUAAACUCUUAGGAAUUAUCUUAGAAACCGACUAAACAGUUGUGCGAUAGUUUAGUCUGUGCGCGCUUUCUAAACUGUUUUAAGAGUCGGCGAUAUCUGGUAUCCAAGACAACCCACUUUGGGUCGUUACACAAGCGUUAUAAAUAAGUCUUAAGAAUUGUCCAAAUUAUGCGACGAUUUGAGGUUCCAUGGCAACAUGAAAAACUGUAAUUGUUUUUUUCUUGUCAUUUUGGUUUACACAACUAAUUUCAUGUGCAUUCAUUUUACUGAAUGCUGGAUUUUUUCCGUGAUUAGUUGUUGAUCGUAACGUGAUGAAAAUUUAGUUUUUCAAUUAUUGGAACAGCCUUAAAUCGUAGCUUUUGUUUCUGACAUUUUAUGUCACGGUUUCCAUUAAUAUACUCGUAGAUUUAAACCCGGAUUUAUUAAGAAAAUUGGUAGCUUUGACAUGGUUUAAAACAGUAGUAAUAUCUAUUGUUAUAAGUUACUAGGAUAUCGUUAUGUAAUUAAGUAAAAUAUAUUAUGUAAGACUGGAAAGGAUCAAUAUUAUUAUAUAAUAAUU